CGGAUGCACUGCGUUGCCUCUUGUGAACUGUAUUGCUAACAUAAUCAGCUGUGCUUAUAUGUGUGAAGGAUUUUUGUUAAAAUUGGUGAAAUUUAUUGCAAAUAUUAAAUGGAUUCUGUGGCUUUUUUUAUUGAUUUCGAUGAAAACACCAGGAGUGAUAUGCGACGGACUAGAAGGAAAGUCAGGGAUAAUGUUGUGAAUGUAUUGGAGUUGCCGGAUGAGGUGUGAGUAAAUUUUUUGAAGUCUUUAUUUCAUUCUAACAUGUGAGUUCCUUAUUCAGAUUUGUAAAACAGUUCCGGCUUAACAAGUUAGCAUUCAAGUACGUUUUAGAAAUAUUAAUGCAGAAAUUGCCUCCAGUUCGAAGAUCAUGUUCCAUAACACCAGAGCUUAAAUUAGCUUGUUUAAGGUUUUUAGCUGAAGAGGGCUAUCAGAAUGGUACUGGCCAAGAUUUUAAUAUUGUCUUGGCACAAUCCACAUACUCUGUAGUACGCUCUGAUGUACAAAACAUCUCAGAAGCCACUUUAUGUCCCAGAUGGAUUACUUUAGCAAUGACAGACAAUGAAAAACUUGAAGCGAAAAGAUAUUUUUUCGAAAAAACUAGAAUUCCUGGAAUUGUCAUGUGUGUUGACGGUACUCACAUUAAAAUUCUUAAACCAGCUGCAGGCAAUGCACACCUUUAUUAUAAUCGGAAAGGAUAUUACAGUGUUAAUGCAAUGAUAAUAUGUGACCAUAAGCAAAGAAUAAGGUAUGCGAACAGUAGGUAUGCAGGUGCAAGUCACGAUUCCUUUAUUUGGGAAAAUAGUGAUGCUUCCACCUACUUCCACGCGCAGUAUGAAAAUGGAGACAGAAGCACAAGACUGCUAGGUGACUCUGGAUAUCCACUGUUACCCUGGCUUAUAACACCCUUUCGAACUGCAGGCGUUGAUAUUCCAGAAAGCAGAUUUAAUAAAAGCCAUAGUAAAGGCCGUAAUAUUGUAAGAACUGGUGCCGAUGUCUCCUUUCUGCUCGCCAACUACAUUAUGCUCCUGAGAAAGUGGUUCAAAUUGUAAACGAUGUGGCAGCACUUCACAACAUUCGAAUACAUUAUAAUAUUUCCGACGAAUACCAGGAGGAAGUCUACGAACCCGAUGAAUAUGUAGGCGAACCUGUACAACCUCAACGAUAUACAAAUGAAGCAACUCAAAUUCGCAAUGAGAUGUUACGUAGCGUUUUGUAAAAUAAAACUAUUUAGUAUCACAAAAUCCAUUUUCAUACAUAUUUCUUAAUAUUUAAGUAAAAAGCCUUCCUGGCAAAGUGUUGCACAACGUUGUCUACACACUAAGGAUGUAGAUAAAAGUAAAAUCAUAUCACUUCAUUGGUUAACAUACACAGUAUUUUCAAAAAACAAAAAAAACUUAAAUAAUAAAGCCCUCCUGUUCAGAAAGUAUUCAGGCACUACAGUCAUAAAAAAAAAUCCAAUAUAAAAUAAAAACAAAUCUCAUAAAAAAAUUGUCAGGUCCCACUUAUUUUAAGAAUUAAGGUGUCUGUUGACGUUAUUUAACUCAAUAUUUAAA